AAAGAUCAAAAUGUCAACUUCACUCUGUUAUUACUCAACAGCCAAGUCCUUAGAUUUAGCACCAGUGGAGAUGAAACUGCCACCUCAACAACACAAGUUGCUUGAUUGCUGCUCUCUCAUUGAAGCUCUAACCUCAAAAGCCACUUCCAUCGUUCUAUUUACGAUAUAAAUAUAUGACGAGCUGUUAUAGUCUUCUAUUUCGAGUUAAUUUAAACGGCAAAAAUGUAUCGAUACUGGUAGUUGCAAAAAUAGAUAUGCAGUGACUUGUUGGGACUGAGAACGUCACUCUUUCACAGAGUUUAUCUUUUUCUCGUUGUUUCUUUGUUUUUGUUUUCCUACAUUGGAUUACCAACACCAACGCAAAACGAAUUAAAUAUUGAAACUGCGUCUAUCAUUUAGAUAAUUUUUUUUCAGAGGAAGAACCGGAAAUCUCCAGUAUAAUCAUUGGUAAGAGUUAAGGAUCUUCAGACUUUGUCUAACUUAUAUUUGCGUAUGCCUAUGAGAAUAAUUGAAUCCAUGUAAAUAUACACAUGCGUGCUAUGAAUGCAUUUACAGUUUAGCCAAUGGCUAUUUGUUGAUCACUUUUUUUCUCAUUAAAUUAAUUGACACAUCAAGUUUUCAACAAAAAUGAAGAUCGCGCGACUACGGCAUUUCGAAUAUUUGAAUGGCCGAUCUGUUAGUUUUUUUUUUCUUUUUUCUGUUUUGUAUUUCAUUGUGGAGUAUCAAUGUCAAUAUGAAACGGGGAUCGCCGUGGAAUUUUGAAUAUAUGAGUACUUUAUUCAAUUGGGGUAAAAUAUGGAGCUAUCAGAAUCUUCUACUAUUGCCGAGCAAAAGCACUCGUGGAUGAUAAGUAUAAAAUGUAUGAAGGAACGCCUGAAAUUGCGGUGUGAGGAAGCAUCUUUUGAAGGCAUUCGUGAAAUGAAAUUAUAUCAUGGAUUGAAACUGAUCUCUUCGGCACCGAUAAUCGGAAAUUUUUUGGAUAUAUGCUACUGUGACCAUACCAAAGAAUAUCUUGUACUGGACACCAGUUUCAUGAUCCACAGAUUCUCCAUUCAGGGGAAGCCAGUGCAACCUUCCUUCAAUUUAAGUACCACAAUGGCUUUUACAAGAUUUAUCUGGUUUCCAGAAACGAAGGUUUUUGCAGGAUUUGCACCCCACGAUGAUUUGAUUUGGAUAUUAGAACCCUCGUGUAAAUUGAUACAAAUCGUGAGAAACGAAUUUCGAGUGGAAAAUAUUUUUUACACACCUUAUACAAAUGAAAUGCUCGUCAUUGGAACAACGAAGGCAACGAGAUUUCCAAUGGAUCAUAAGGAACAGACUCUAAAUUCUUGGAAAACGGUAAAUAUCUCAGAUAGUUCAUUUGGACCCACAUGGGUACUCGAAUUGUCUUCUCUGAUUCAACACGAUCCGGAAUUCUUGAGACUCGCUGGAUCUUAUCUCACUACUUUAUACGUCAUCCCCCUGACUUCCGACAAAGAUGAAGAGAGUAAUGUACCCGUUAAAUUCUUAGCGAGAAGAAUUAAUUCAAUGGAAACAGCGAUUACCGUAUUGUAUUUCCAUCCCACGAGUCAAUGGAUAAUCACUGGUGAUCAACGUGGAAGUAUUUGUGCGUGGAAUUUGAAUUUAGAAUGCAUGAUGAAUUGUCCCACUGGUCAUCAAAAGGCUGUGAAAAUUAUCACAGGACAUCCUUCCAUAUGCGGCUUCAUUUCUUGCGCUGAAGACGAUAUAAUUCAGGCUUGGAGCUGCAAUCUCAGAGAAAAGAUUGAAUCGUUCAGCGAAUUAGGAGAAGUUUCCUUAAUAGCGAUAAAUAGUUCAGCUUCUUCAGUUGCUGCAGUUGGAACUAAGCUGAGCUGUUUUCAAAUGCAUCAACUUUAUACAUUCUACUCACCAUUGACAUCAAACCCCGUGAUACUAUUCUCAACGACAAGUCCAAUUGAUGCCGUUCGGGUGAUUAUCUUCAGCGCUGAUAAAAUCGUCAGAAUACUGUCGUCUUCGUCCGGCAAACAGCUCAAUAUUCAUAUCCUGCCAAUUACCUUUACAGUUGUUUCUAUAGCUCAUAGUGAUAUUACAGACCGAAUGUAUGUACUGGGAACCAACGGAAUUGUGGUGGCUAGCACAAAAACUAAUCCUAUGGAAAUUGAAGAGGAAUGGGACAAUGCUAGUAAAAUUAUCACAUGCCUCCUAGUAUACGAUCAUUACGAAGCAAUCCGUACAUCUGCCCAUGAAAUUGAAAGAUCGAAACUCGUCAAUCCUAUUUGUGCACGAAUUAUUAUUGGAACUCAAGCUGGAGAAUUAAUAUUGAUCGACGAGACCAGCGGGGAGCAAGGAAGUUCAAUUUCAGCACAUGACGGGGCAAUAAUUCACUUGUGCUCCUCGAUAAUCUCUCGUCAAGUUGUAUCAAGUAGUAUAGAUAAAUCUAUAAAGAUUUGGAGAAUUUUCCCAGACACACUAGUGCCAUUGACGAUUUUGCAUCAAAUUUAUUACACCACUCCAAUUUCCAACAUUGGAUCUAUCGGAUUCACGAUUUGUGUGGUGAGUAGUGCAGAAUCGUCCGAGUGUCAUCAGUUAUUCAUGUAUGACACAAUAGAGAGAAGACAAUUACAGCACCACCCGUCGAAAGAUCAUGUUAAACAAAUUCUUGCUCUUGAUACAUUGGAGUCCCUUCAGAUAUGCGUUACGUCGUCCAUGGAUGGUACCCUACGCAUUUGGGAUCACCAUAAUGAUCUCGUCAAGGUACUGGAAAUAAACGUUUGUACAAGCCAAAUAACAUUUUCUUCCCUCCUCGGAGAUAUUGUUUUCAGUGCUGGGAAACAUCUGUACCGUCUCCCUUACGAAAAUUAUUUGCCGCCGAAAUAUCGUCUGCAAAUUUCAUAUAAUGAAAUGAAUAAGGAAGAGGAAGAACACAUUUCCGAUGCAUCUGAACCUAUUGAUCAAUAUCUAGAAAUUGAGGAGCAGAUCCUGCAUCCUGUCAGUAGUGUUCCCCUUGGUUCAUUAGAUCCCACGAUAGAAGCUCCAAGCCUUGAUCAAAUAUUCAAGGAACAGAUAUGCAUGCAAUUGAAAUACAGAGACGAAGACAUUAAACGAAUUCAAGAGAAUAUAUUACAUGCGAAAAAAGUUGUAAAAAUGAAAACAUUGAUGGAGCACCUGGAUUGGGAGAGACACAUCGCUGAAUUGUUAGGUGUUUCUUCAAAAACUGAGAAUGAAUCCAGUCCACAUGAUAUUGCUAAUUAUGCAGAGAGAUAUGAGAAAAUUAAGAAAGUUUUUAAUAAGUCACAACGAUCGCGCAUGAUUGGGUGUAGCAUAAAACAGUUUUCUGACAGAGAGAAAUUUGUUUCCGAGAUUAGUGGGUCUAGUUUAAAUCUUGGUGGUUUCGUGCCGAAUUCACUAGUCAUUAAAAUCGCUGACGGAAGAAAUAAAGAAGUUGAUCAACUUGAGACUCAUCAACCUAUGGAAAAACGACAGAUAAAAUACGUAUAUCCCUCAGAAAUCUAUCUAACCAUCGACUCUUCAACGUCUAAAGAUUCCGUUAAACAUACCCAUCAAGACUCACUAGAAGGGGUUUUAUGAGAAUGAAUGGAGACAAAUUCAUUAAUAAUCGGUUCUUCUUGGAACUGGAUAACGAAGCACAAGAGCACUGUCGGCAGAUAUAA